AUGGUUUCCAUAUCCACGCUCCUACAUGGGGGAUUUUUAUUGGUUGGUCAAAGUGCAUAUCAAGAUGUUGCAAGCCCUCAACAGGCAUCAGUCGAACAGUAUAAUAUUGUCCGGUUUUUAGGUGGGGCAGGACCAUAUAUUCAAAACCCAGGCCAUGGUAUUUCAACAGAUGUACCAGAUCAAUGCACAGUCGAACAAGUGCAAUUAAUUCUGAGACAUGGUGAAAGGUUUCCCAGUUCUAGUGCAGGGAAGAAAUAUGAAGACAUCAUGCAAAAGUUUGAAGACUACAAUGGUACAUUCAGUGGGCAGUUAUCAUUCUUGAAUGACUAUACUUAUUUUGUGUCGAAUAAGGACUUAUAUGAACUCGAAGUAAGCCCUUCGAAUUCACGUAGCCCGUAUGCUGGAACCACAAAUGCCUUGAAGCAUGGUGCGGCUUUCAGAGCAAGAUACGACUCUUUAUACAACCCCUCUAAUGCUAUUCCUGUUUUCACCACGAGUAAUACUAGAGUAUACGAAACAUCGCAGAGUUUUAUUCGAGGCUUUUUGGGACAAGAGUAUGAUGAAAGUAAAGUUGAUACUGUAAUAUUAUCUGAAAGUAGUGAAAUGGGUGCAAAUAGUUUGACUCCUGCGAGUGCAUGCAGUGCGUGGGAUUCAGAAGAAAGUGAAAAUAUUUUGAGCCACUAUUCUAAUGAUUAUCUUGACAGUGCAUUAAAGAGACUUUUAAAGCCAAACCCGGGGUUGAAUUUGACUACAGAUGACGUUUAUAACAUGUUUGGUUGGUGUGCCUAUGAACUCAACGUGAAAGGUGAAUCACCUUUCUGUGAAUUAUUUACAAACGAAGAAUUCAUUAAAUAUGAAUAUUCAGUUGAUCUUUCGGAUUACUAUUCAGACGGUCCAGGCAAUUCCGUCAUAAAACCAAUUGGAUCAGUACUCCUAAAUGCGUCUUUACAACUAUUGAAGGACGAAGACCUGUCUAAUAAAAUAUAUGUGUCGUUUACACAUGAUACUGACAUAACCAAUUACAUUUGUGGGGGGUUGGGUUUAUUUGAACCAGAGAAUCCCUUGCCUGCAGACCAUAUACCAUUUUUUAAUCCAUAUGUUCGUUCACACAUUGUUCCACAGGGGGCAAGGGUUUAUACAGAAAAGCUUAAAUGUUCAAAUGGAAGUUAUGUUAGGUAUAUUGUUAAUGAUUCAGUUAUUCCCAUCAAUAAUUGUACUUCUGGCCCCGGAUUCUCUUGCGGCAUGGAUCAAUUUGAAGACAUAGUGAAAACUAGAUUGGAAGGAGUUGACUACGCCAAACUGUGUAAAAUCGGUAAUGCUACCAGUGAUUUGACAUUUUUUUGGGAUUACACUAAAGUUAAAUAUAAUGCACCACUUAAGAAGGCGUCUUAUUAG